CAGCUGCAAAGCUCCCUAUAAAGUAACACACUUUUUGCCCCAUUGCAGUGUAGUAAUGCUUCACGAUGCUUUCGGCCAGGUUGUGUGUCGGCACGCUAGUGUUGCUAGGGUUAGCGGGUGCGUUGGCCUUCAGCGAGCAUAGUACGAUCGAGAAAAGCUUCGUCCAGGCACAGCACGAGUGCGUUGCGUAUCUGAACCUUCCGAAGCACCGACUGUACCAGUACCUAGUGUACAACUAUUCGAACGACGCCAAAACCAAACUGAUGAUCCGUUGCGUCGGUUUGCUUCUGCGCUGGUGGAAUUCGGACGGUGUGCUUAACGAGCAUGUGAUAGCCCAAUACUUCCGGCCCGACCUUGCCGAUGCGACGUACUGCGAACGAACGCGCCUGUGCAUUGCGAACAAAGCUCCGGAAGGUGAUGAGCUGUGUAGCCGAGCGUUCGAAACAUUCCAGUGCUAUCUGCAGCAGUACGGUGAGCUGGUAAACUGUCCCAAAAUAGUCCCGCUGGGCGACGAGCGGCUUGCCGAAACGAUGCACUUUUGUCUGAACGUGUUGAGUUUGCCGCUGUCCUACUUCGAGAACUACACCAGCUCGGCGGAACUGUUCCUCGCCACCGACGAGUCCCGCUGUUUGCUGAGAUGUUUCGUGAUUCGGACGGGACUGUAUUCGGACCAUAACGGACCGUUUGCCCACCGGUUUAAGCUACAGUUCGGUCCCCCCAGCCCGGACGCGAAUGACAACGACCUAGAGGGGGAUUACUGCGUAACGCGACUGCGCCGUGAAGGAUACGACGAAUGUUCGCUAGCUGCUCGGUCACUGUACGAGUGUUACUACUUCGCCGAUACGUUGCUGCCCACAUUCGAGCGUAUACUACCCAUUUUGAAGAUCGUCAUGGCGACGGAAUCGGCUGCAACGGCGAUGAAUUCAAGCUGUUGUUCAGCAAACAAAAUAAAGCACAGUGAAUAGUAAAAA